AUGGAAGAUUCAAAUGAAUAUAUGUUAGGUUGGAAUGAAGGUUGGGAUGUAGAUGUGGCUCAUCAACUACUUCCCUUGUUACAACAAGAUAUAUCUGAGCAAGAAGAAAUAUGUCAAUUAGUUGGUGAAUAUGUGAUGCCAUAUGUGUGUAAAGAGCCACGAAGAACUAGCAGGCAAACAGGGCAAAUGUGGGUUAAUGAGAUUUUGCAAGGUCAUCCUGAUCGUUGUUAUGAAAUGUUUCGAAUGGAAAAACAUUUGUUUAGGCAACUAUGUGCGACACUAGAUGAGCUUGGUCUAAAGAAAUCUAAAAAAAUGAGAGUUGAAGAAAUGGUUGAAAUGUUUUUGAAUACAAUUGGACAUGGAGUUGGUAAUAGGAUGAUACAGGAACGAUUUCAACAUUCUGUCCAUAGAAAUUUUCAUAAAAUAUUAGCUGCCUGCCUUAAUCUUUCCAAGGCAAACAUAAAGCCAUUUGAUCCUUCAUUUCAACGAUGUCAUUCAAAAAUUCAAAAUGAUCUACUGUAUUGGCCAUUCUUUAAGGAUGCUAUAGGAGCAAUUGAUGGCACUCAUGUGCCAUGCGUGGUUAGUGUUGUUGAUAAAAUUAAAUUUAUUGGAAGAAAGGGAUAUGCAACACAGAAUGUCAUGGCUGUAUGUGAUUGGGACAUGUGUUUUACUUUUGUCAUUGCGGGAUGGGAAGGUACGGCUCAUGACGCUCGAGUAUUUGAUAAUGCCAUAUCAACUCCUUCAAUGCAUUUUCCGCAUCCACCUUCAGGUAAAUAUUAUUUGGUUGAUUCUGGUUAUCCAACACUAAAUGGGUAUCUUGAUCCAUAUCGUUGCGAACGCUAUCACCUUCCAGACUUCAGGCGAGUUGCAGGAUUUGCAAACAAUAAUGAGGUCUUCAAUUAUUAUCAUUCAAGUUUGAGAUGCACUAUAGAAAGAACAUUUGAAGUAUGGAAGAAUAGGAGAAAUUCAAUUAUUGAUGAGCAAUUCAUUCAAGCUAAAGAUGAAAGUGUAGAUGUCCUUGAGGAAGAUAUCGAUAUUGGUGAGGCAUACUCGUCAAAUCUACCCAGAUCAUUAAGACAGAUGCAGCAUGUUCGUGAUAUAAUUAGAGACCAGCUUGUAAAUCAUAUCAAUUGA